AGGUUAAUCGGUCAUUCCAGUUUCUUCGUUCUUAUCCGACCUUUUGUUCUCCCAUCAGAAUCCUCUAGAAGCCCUAAAACCACCCACCGGUCGAUUUUGCUCUGUCUACUACUAUGUUCUUCAAUUGCAUGUUCAUCUUUCUCCUGUAUCUUCUAUUUCAUAUGUGUAGUCGAUUCCUAACUUUGACUAUAGAUGCUUUCCCACCGUAUCGAUGUCGACUUCCAGACACCGGGAUCGAAUUUUCCUUUCGGGCUCCAUCACCGCCAUCAGCCACAACCACACACCAAGGUUUUCAUCGGCCUUGCACCAUCAUCACACACUGUCAUGCAAAACCUUUACCGCAUCAGUACUCCGAAUCGUUCGCCCCGUUCAAAUUAUACAUAAAAGGGGUUUGUCUACAGUGAAAUUUUCCAGCCGGCGAUAUUGUGGUUUGCCUUUGAUAUCUGGUUUUGGCUUUCAGACCUUAAUAGCGAAAUGGACGACUAUUUUCAACUAUUCAAUAGCAGAAAAUGGUGGAAUCGGCCCAGGUUUUUGUAUCUACACCAGAAAUGGUGGAAUCGACCCUAGGUUUCCUUUCGAAGGGUUGGAUUGGUUGGAGGCAGCAUCAAGCUUUUUCGAAGACAUACAUACCCUUUCAUGUUAUUUGGCGGUCCCUCUGAAAUGGCUUUUCUUAGUAGAUUCGGCAAUCCGCUUAAACAAUCAGGAAGCAAUCAUGUAA